UGGUAUGACAGAGCUAGACAGCACAGGAUGAGUUUGUUGCAACCCUUUUUGCACCUCCUUGCCUUACUAGUUUUCAGCAUGGGACUGGAGGUGGAUAACAGUAAAUUUAGUUCCAUGCUGUUGCAGAAUUCUGAGACCCCGCAAGAUGUUCAAGGGCAAUUGUACACAAAAUUCAGCACAGCAACUAAUUAUACAAAUAAGACUACCUAUCCAGACAGCAUUCACUACACAUUGAAGCUAGGAAAGAAACUGCAUGCUAUUCACCUUGAAAAGUCACAAAUGCUGUUGUCAGAAGAUUAUACCAACACCCAUUACUUAAAAGAUGGCACACUGAUCACAGACUCUCUACACCACAUGGAUCAUUGCUGUUACACUGGGACAGUGAUUGGACAUGAGGAGUCAUUUGUGUCUCUAUGUGUAUGCCACGGUUUAAGUGGUUACGUCACCUUGGAGCAGGAAACCUUUGCUGUUGAACCACUGGAUCAGGGAGGACACAGAAUGAUCAAACUGAAAAUCCUAGAAAGAAGCAUGCGAUCCUUAAAAUGGGAUAAAAAGAUUCCAUGGUCAUCAUCUCCACGAUUGGAAUGGGAGAGCAGCUACAACAUUGAACUUGUUCUGGUGGCAGACAGAGAUGAGUUCCAGAGAAGAGGACAUGACUUGGAGAAGACAAGAGACCACCUCAUUGAGCUAGCACACCACCUUGAGCAGAUAUAUAGCCAGAUAAAUAUUCACAUCUUCCUUGUGGGAACUGUAAUUUGGUCCGGUGAAAAUGAAGCAAAAGUUACAGAGUCUUCCUCUGAAACUCUGAUUAACUUUCUGAAAUGGAGAAAGGAAGUCCUUCUUCCUCAAAAACAUCAUGACAAUGUCCAGCUUGUCAGUGGGAAGAACUUCAAAGAUUAUUCAAUCGGGGAAGCUUUUCUUGCAAAAAUGUGCUCACCAGAAAAAAGUGGAGGCAUUGUCAAGGAUACAGGUUUAAGUACUAGACAGCUGGCCUUACAACUAGGACAUGAGCUAGGACAUAAUCUGGGAAUGUUUCAUGAUUCUAAGGGAUGCUACUGUCCUGUGAACUCUGGAAAAUGUUUGCUAUCUGGAAAUACUGGGAAGGGACUGAAUCCAGUAUUUAGUGACUGCAGUCAACAAUUUCUUCAGCAGUUCCUACAAGAAAACAAUAUCACAUGCUUACUAGAUCGACCCAAAAUGUUCAUACCUACAGAAGGAAAUGGCAAACUUUACUCACCACUUCAAGUUGCUUCUGUGGUCUGCAUGGCGCUCAGUCCCAUCAUUCUAGCAUUGAUUGUGUGGAUAGCGUUCAAGGGUAAACAGAGCCAAAAUUACAGCUCAGUAAACCAAGUUUUGAAGAGUGAAAUGAUUUAAUAUAAAGAAGCAGUGUAAAUUGAAUGUUUCUUUCUCAUCCAUGAGCUUUCUUUGCAUAUUGGAAAGCUGUGAAUUUUGAAAAUACUGAAGAAAUAAACCAAAUAUAACUUGAAGGAACAAUGCAAAAUUUUAAAAUACCUUACUAACUGGAAAGAAGAUGAAACUAAAAAAGCACGGGUUACAUUGUGAUCAACCGACUUCCAACAUUGACCUCAACUUUGUUUCCUUUGGAGUUUUUCAUAGAAAAUGUACUUCAAGCAUUAUAUCAACAAAGUAAUAUUGCAAAUUUAAGUGCAUUUGUGCCCACAGUGCUUCCUGCCAGCUGACAUAGGCUCUGUGUUGUCUCAUAUAGGUGGUCAUUGAGAAGCAGAACCUUCAUAAGCUCCUUCCUAUUCCGUACUCUUCAAGUUUAUUCUCACAAUGAGGUGCAAUUGUUGAGACAACAAAAAGUACAAGAUUUUGAGAGCAAUACCCCAAUACUGCACACUCUGCAUCCAGCCAAGGAAUAUGUCUUAUAAUCACGUUCUUCUGAAAUAUAAUAUGAAGCACUAACUAAAACCACAGGCAGCAUAAAUGAAAAUGCCUUCCAAAUCUUGUUGUCUACCUUUGAGUUUGAUUUGGUAUCUCUUUCAUUUCUAGUACAGCACAAAGAUACAUCAGUAAGGAGGAACAGUGGGUGGAGGCAUCCCCCAAGCAAUCCAGACAUUUAAGGUAGUUCAGGCUCCCACACAACCCUUUAAAUGCCACUCAGCAUGUAGCACUGGUGUACUGGUAAACUCAGAGAAAAAACAAGGAAACAGAAGACAUGUAAAUCCAGAAAAGAAUGUAUUUGUCCAAUGACAACCAUAUGAAUGCAACAGAUUAUAGUUUUGAUUAUAUAUAGCACUUAACCCUUGAGGCAUUUAGAGAAUGGGUCUGGGUAGUAAAAUGUGUCAUCUCUUCUGAUAUUGGAUGUUUAUGAGCAUAACAUGUGACAGUUGUAAACAACAUGACUAAACCUGUUUAAGCAAACAUACUUCAUUAUGGCUGUUUUACAUCAGUUUGCUAUGUUAAAUCAAGACAAAGUCAUCAGGCUCAAGUACAGUUUGCACUUAGUAUAAUUGUUAAUU